CUGCUGCGCCUGCGUAGUUGGGAGGGGAAGUGAGGCGGUUUCCUCGGCGCCUUUUCCGGCGGUGGCGGCGGCAGAGCUGGGAGGAGGAGGUAGAGGCCGGAGCGAGCCCGCGCUCGGGGCGGCGGCUGGAGGCAGCGAACCGAGUUCCCGCGAGGAUCAAUGACCUGACGAGGCGCCGGAGCCGCACUGCCUCUCGGGUGGCCUGGGUCGGUGGGGAACUCGGUGCUUACGGACCUCGGGCGGCCGGAGAGCCUCAGUCUCCCGUGGCUGGGUGAGGAGAAGGCGGAGGAGCGGGAACCGCGGCGGCGCUGGUGCGGCGCCUGCGGGGGGAAGGGCAGUUCCGGGCCGGGCCGCGCCUCAGCAGGGCGGCGGCUCUCCCGGCGCAGACUCAGGGCCCCGGCAGCGGCGGCGACAGGAGGAGUCAGGGUGUUCGGUUGGGGAUGCCCGAGUGAGCAGCGGGCCUGGGCCUCUGCCCUUAGGCGGCAACUCCCAGCGAAGGCCGCACGGGCGCCCUCGCGGCGGGGAGGCUUCGUUUCGUUUUCGCGGCGGCGGCGGCGGCGUUGUUGGCUGAGGGGACCCGGGACACCUGAAUGCCCCCGGCCCCGGCUCUUCCGACGCGAUGGGGAAGGUGCUAUCCAAAAUCUUCGGGAACAAGGAAAUGCGGAUCCUCAUGCUCGGGCUGGACGCGGCUGGCAAGACCACGAUCCUGUACAAGUUGAAGCUGGGCCAGUCGGUGACCACCAUCCCCACCGUGGGUUUCAACGUGGAGACGGUGACUUACAAAAACGUCAAGUUCAACGUAUGGGAUGUGGGCGGCCAGGACAAGAUCCGGCCGCUCUGGCGGCAUUACUACACCGGGACCCAAGGUCUGAUCUUCGUAGUAGACUGCGCCGACCGCGACCGCAUCGAUGAGGCCCGCCAGGAGCUCCACCGCAUUAUCAAUGACCGGGAGAUGAGGGACGCCAUAAUCCUCAUCUUCGCCAACAAGCAGGACCUGCCCGAUGCCAUGAAACCCCAUGAGAUCCAGGAGAAACUGGGCCUGACCCGGAUUCGGGACAGGAACUGGUAUGUGCAGCCCUCCUGUGCCACCUCAGGGGAUGGACUCUAUGAGGGGCUCACAUGGUUAACCUCUAACUACAAAUCCUAAUGAGUGUUCUCCACCCAUUCCCCCGGAAGGAGAGAUAUCAAAAACCCAUUCAUAGGAUUAUCGCCACCAUCACCUCUUUCAGUUGCCACUUUCUCUUCUUUUGAAUUUGAACUCUGGAGUUACUGUUCUAUGGUUGGGGGUGGCGUAAGGGUUUUCUUUUUGUUUUUUUUCCUUUUGCUUUGCCUUAGGAUGCUCUGAUCUGUCAUUUGACAUGAACACAAAAAGUGCUAGAUGCUCUUGUUGACUUCCAGUAAAUGGGGUGGGGGAAAUAUAGCAAUUCUUGGUAAAGCCCUUUAUAAUAAUGGUUUGAUUUUUUUAUUUCGAGAGAAUCUUUUUUUCCAAUGUAUGCUUUUUUUCUUUUUGUUCAGUUUCCUUAUCACUUGCUGUAGAUGGCUUAUUUUGCAUUCAUGCAGACUCUGUUGCAAGUCUGUUUCAUCUAGUAAACUGAAAAUUAUUGCUUAAUCAAACUGCCGUUUGUCUUUUAUAUUUAAGGCCUUUUUCCCUCCCUUAUGAGUUCUGAUUUUAACUUGGUAAUUUCGAAUGUGACCUUUUAUAUCUAAGACCAGUAUAGUAAAUCUAGCCCACAGUGGCAAAUAAUGAGUAAUAUCGUUGUAAUAUGUUCCAGUUGCACAUCAGUAUGUUAAACAGGUAAUGUAAGAAGUUCUUUGAAAUGUCAGCUAUAAAGUUCUGAAACAUACAUCAUGCAUGAGUAGGGAUAAAACCCAAGUUCCCCAUAACAGCUAACUAUGCUGCAUUAGACUUUGAAAGUGUAACCUGUCACGGACACAGAUCUUUUCACUGCAAAGCUAGCAACUUUGCUGUGUUUUCCCUUUUUUAACUUUGGACUUUCCAGAAAUUGGAGCAAUAAUGGUGUAUGCCACACACAGAUGAAGUAUUUGUAGAUACUUUAAGUGACUUUUUGGCAGAUCUGGAAAAUAUACUUUUUUCUUGUUUUGAACAGCUAAGACUAGUAGAUUUAAAAUACUUUGUUCGUUAAUAAAGCAUUUAACAAUUCAAAUUAUAUGCACAUUUUACUUAAAAAAAACACAUUUCCUGUUUUCACAUUACAGCAACUGAUUAAGCUGAACAUAUAAAUCAUUUUUUUACACAAGAGUGAUCAACAUCUUCAUGAAUUAGAACACUGGAAAACAUGUUUUAUAAAAAGAUAAUUUUGUUAAAUUGUAAAAUUAACUCAUGCAAGUAGUAAGUCACAUAUCUUGUUGGUUCAGUAAUAUAUCAUCUCCUUUAAGGAAGGAAAUGAUGUGUAGACUUAAGGAAUGACAAAGGGAAAGUAGGAUGAAGAGAAAGAACCUACAGAUGACAAUGAAUGUAAACUUACUUUUGAAGGGUAAGCAGUGUGCUCACUGGUGAUAUUCAGAUCCUAACAAGAUUACUUGCUUAACUGGUUAGGACCAGUAACUAGGUUGUUGAGACCACUAUGAUAAUAGUUUGAACCAGAUGUUAAUAAUGCAUGAUAGAGAAUUGUGAAGCAGCAUUUGGUUCUUAUAUAGCCUUAAGGAUUAAUUUUAGAGAUCCUCGAGGAAUUAAACUUAGGGAACUUCAGAAAUGAAGACUGAAAAGGCAGUAUACAGGAAAAGGUUUUGUUAAUGAGGGUAUCUGCAGACUAAAAUUGAGUGGGUUAUCAUGGUAUAGUUGGACGGUAUUGGUCCUUCACGCUUUGGCCAUAUUGUAUAAUGGAGCUUUUACCAAAGAUGUAUGAGAAACAUAAAGUUACAAAAGAUGAACUAUUCACAGUAAAACUCUUGACAAACGUUUUCCUUAAAGCAGAUGGGAAGAGGUGCUAUAUUAUAGCCUCCUAAUGGUGCAAAGGGAUUUUUGAAUUUAAUGUGCAACUAAAGUAUAAAGUGUUCAAUUUCACUUUAGUGGAAGUAUGUAGAAAUUAGGCUGACAGAUGCAUCUAAGAAUAUUUUGGUUGCCUUUAAAAUUCCCAAAGCUCCAUCAUAAAUUUAAUUCUUAAUGUUUUAAAUGAUUACAUUUUAAGGUCUAUGAACAUGGACUAUACAAAUAUCAAUGCUGUAGGAACAUCCUGAAACAAGACAAGCACAAAGGUAUAAAUGCCUAAACUGGAGGAAACUUGAAACCCUCAUGUUAAUUUUUAAAUGUAGUAUUUCUAACUUGUGACAGAUUGGUAGGCAGCCAUUUUUUGUGUGUGUGUCUUAAAAUAAGUGGGGACAGUUAAAAUUUUAUACAUCAAAUGAUGAGUUUUGAAUGUUGCAGGUGAGAUGUGGUUAUUUUUGGUUUAUUUGAAAUGUCUGACUGAAGCGGGGGGAGGGAGAAGCAAAUACUUGAAAAUUGGAAAACCCUAGAUCCUUUGGUAAGAAAUUGUAAUUCUCACAUUUUAAGGAUAAAGAGAUUUAUAAUUGAUGUAGGUAAAUCGAACCAUAACUAUUGGUGAUCAUGGCGGAGGUAAUUUUACGCUGCAGAAGCUAUAGUCUUAAGAAUAUAAGGAACAAAAAAAAAGAUCUUGAAGUUUUUGUUUAAUUGCAUCAACUUCUGUAUUUAUGUGAAUUUAUAAACUGCAGUAAGUUUUGAAUGAGGUUAAUCUUGUCUAAGUAAAUGAGUCUGUAGACUGUGA